AUGUCGCUUCCAGAGGUUUUGAAACGCGGGGAUGAAUUUUUAGCAGAAUAUCCUAGAACCAACGCAUUGUGGCAACUGGGGUCCCACGCAACCUGUCUGCUAGCCGUCGGGAUCUCGAAGCUAGUUCUGAAAACUUGUUAUAAUACAAAGCUGCACCACUUCGACAAACUUGAAAACGCCAUAGAGCGCUCGGUGACGGAAAAUCGUGGGCUAAUGACGGUUAUGAAUCACAUGUCAGUGGUGGAUGACCCGUUUAUAUGGGGCGUAUUUCCUUGGAGGAUGUAUAAGGAUCUUGACCAUAUCCGCUGGUGUCUUGGGGCGCAUAAUGUCUGUUUUCAAAGCAAAUUCCUAGCUAAUUUCUUCUCCCUCGGAAAAGUGCUCUCCACCGAAAGGUUUGGAGGCGGGCCAUUCCAAGGAUCUAUCGAUGCCUCAAUUAGACUUCUGUCACCUGACGACACCUUAGAUCUCGAAUGGACUCCACGCUGGGCUCAGGAUUCGCCAAGUACACCAAACCAACCGCAGGUCUCAUCAAUUUCCGCUAUGGCCAAGGAUUACAAACCUCCGGUCAAGAGAACCAAGCCAUCUUGGGUACAUGUAUAUCCAGAAGGAUUUGUUUUACAAUUGGAAUCUCCGUUCGCAAAUUCAAUGAGAUAUUUCAAGUGGGGUAUUACACGUAUGAUCCUAGAGAGCACAAAACCACCUAUAGUGGUUCCUAUUUUCAGUACUGGAUUUGAGAAGAUAGCUCCAGAGUCUGCUGCUGGAACCAAGAUUGAACGAUACCUUCCCCGUAACUUUGGCGCUGAGGUCAAUGUUACGGUCGGAGAUCCCAUUAACGACAAGAUAAUUGAAGCGUAUCGGGAAGAGUGGAAGCAGCUGGUAGAGAAAUAUCACGACCAACAAAAUCCGACCGACCUUACCACGGAGUUGAAAGUUGGGAAAGAAGCACAAAAUUUACGCAGUAGGCUCGCAUCUGAGCUCAGAGCACAUGUUGCGAAAGUACGUCAUGAAAGUCGCGGACUCCCCGCAGAAGACGAAAAAUUCCAAUCCCCAGAAUGGUGGAAACAAUACACGGAGACUGAAGGGAGGUCAGAUCCUAGUGUUAAAUUUAUAGGCAAGAACUGGGCUAUAAGAAGACUUCAAAAAUUUCUAGAAGGGCAAGAAGACAAAGCUAAAGCCGACUCAAACAAAAACAAUUCCGAUGUUAAAAAGUGA